AUGUCUCCCACGACCAACUCCACGGCAGUGCCACAACUCUCCCCCUCGUCGCAGCCGCCCCUCUUGAUCAAGAAGCUCUCCGCCGACGCCUCCACGCCGACGCGCGGCUCGGCCUUCGCCGCCGGGUACGAUCUGUACGCCUCGAAACCCACCACGAUCCCCGCGCGAGGCAAGGCCCUCGUCUCGACGGACCUCUCCAUCGCCACGCCCGAAGGCACGUACGGCCGCGUCGCGCCCCGGUCGGGCCUGGCCGCGAAACACUUCAUCGACACGGGCGCGGGCGUCAUCGACGCAGACUACCGCGGCGAGGUCAAGGUCCUGCUGUUCAACCACGGCGAGGUCGAUUUCCAGGUCAGCAAGGGUGACCGCAUCGCCCAAUUGGUCCUGGAGCGCAUCUACACGCCCGAGGUCGUCGAGGUCGACAAUCUCGAGGAGAGUGUCCGAGGGGCGGGCGGGUUUGGGAGCACCGGCUGA